UUUUUUCUUUUGUAGCUUCGAUAUUUAUAUAAAGCAGCAGUACGUGUAACCACGAAUAGUCUUGCGUAUCUCUUGCUUUUCCAUCAUGGAAUACAGCACCACCUCUUCCGUUGAACUUUUUGAAAAGGAUCUUGGCGAAAUUCUCAGUCAAACCGCGGGAAUAGAAGACGAUAUUGGUUGGGAAAAUUCCACAUGGUUUCCGAACGUAACUGUUGCACAUUUGAUUGCGAGGCGUCGACGACCCGCUCUUGUAACCUUCCAAUAUAGAGUGGUCCCUUCAUUCUAUUUGGUAUUAUGUGUGAUUGGACUUGUUGGAAAUGGAGUUGUCAUUAAAGUAUUAUGGUCCAUCAUGGCUAGAAAUGUCAUGAAAUCUGUUACUGAUAUUCUUGUUAUCAACUUGGCAGUGGCUGAUUUUAUUUUUGUAGGAUCUCUACCAUUUUGGGCAACGGAACUCUUCUUGAAUAAAAGAUGGGUUUUCGGGACAGUCGGUUGCAAACUGAUGAGCUUCAUUACUCUUCUCAAUCUUUACGGAAGUGUGUUUUUUCUCGUCGCUAUGGGGAUUGAUCGUUACUUGGCAGUUGUCUAUGCAGUGAGGGCACGAAAUUACCGUACUCCACGAAAAGCUGUCAUUGCGUCUGCCAUUAUAUGGGCGUUUGCAAGUCUAAUUGGACUCCAAGCUCUCAUUUGGAGAAAGUUACAUGUAAAACCGGGAAGAACUAGAUGCAUCUGGGCAUUACCGGAUGAACUAAUGACAACUUACUACGUGAUACGGAUGGCUUUUGGAUUUUUCGUACCUUUUAUUGUUAUAGUCUAUUGCUACAUUCUUAUUAUUCUGAAACUGCAUAGCCGUGUGAACAAAUCGUCACUCACUGGUUCAAGUAUGACAAAUAAGCAACAAAAAAUUACAAGAGCUAUUUUGGCAGUCAUCAGUUUGUUCGUUGUUUGCUGGCUCCCAAAUCACAUCGUUACAUUGAUACUUGCAGUAACAGUCAACGACAAGGCAGCGAGAAGCAGUAUGGACUUGUCGACCGCCAAUCUUGUGUCCGUAUGUCUGGCAUACGCGAACUCGAGUAUCAACCCAAUUCUCUACGCCUUCAUGAAAGAAGAGAUACGACAGGAAGGAACCGAAAUGAUUGUAAGAUUUUUCACCUGCUGUAAAAGAGAAUCAAGAAGCGAUUUUAGAGGACCAAGCGUUACUUCUAAGACCCGUGGGCUCAAAUUAUCUUUCUGGCGUUCAACACGUCACACCAUGAUGGCAGUUGUGCCGCGCCACUCACAGGCCGAAGUCGAAAUGAAAAGCAAUCUUGACAACCAGCAAGUUGAUAAAGAAUGUAAAAAUGCUGAUGACUCGUUCAUUGAAGACACCAAGAAAAGCGAUAAUUCGGGUUCCUCAUUCCCGACUACACCUGGUAUAACGGUUGUUAACAAUGGACACCAUACAUUCGAUGUUUUUCGAGACGACUCAAACGACCGUGAAAAAGUUAAUCUUGUCGUAAAAAUGGAUGACAUCUGAAUAAACCACCACACUGAAUUGACGUUUUCUUUCCUUGUUUUGUGGCUGAUUGACAUACAGUUCUCACAAAAUUUUUCAAUAAACAGUGGAGAAAGAUUAUAUAUACAUAAAAAAUUGUAUGAACCAACCAUUUCACCAGUUUUCCAGGUGUAAUUAAAAUAUAUAUUAUAGAGAAUAGAUAUUACAUCACCAUCCCGUUCUUCGUUAUGUUCUGUCCAUGUCUAAAACUGGAUAUAAGAUACAGCCUUCAAAAUAUCACGAGUAUCAAAUUCAUUUUUGUCUUAUUCCCGGUCAGCGGCGUCUUUCCGAACCUAAAAGGAUUCUCAAGCAAGAAUAGCUAGUUAGAUAUUAACUAGGGUAUGAUCUGAUAAGUUUGAUAAGGACAAGUAACUCAAAUGGGUUUUAGCGCAAUCCUUUAUUGUGUCAUGUAUCAAAAUCCACUAACUUGCCCAGAACGUAUAAUAUAUAGUGUGUAGUUUACGUUUUAUUGGAAAGUUACUUGGAAAUUUCAAUUUAUCAGUAAAUUCUGCACACUUUGUUGCAGAUUACAUCUUUCCUCAAUGAGGAGUGUUCUAUGUGUAUCAAAUGUCAAUUCUGACUGAAUGUGUGAAAAUAAUUCGAGUAUUAUGUAUUAGACAAUAAUAAUAUUAAAACAGCGUCAAUUUUAUAUUCUAAGAUAAGUAGUUUUUAAGUCCCUCUUUAUUGGGUGAAGUAUUUUAAUUUAUACUGUGCUUCCAAAAUUACGCAAAAUCAAAAAUUGUGGAAUCGUUGAUAACACUUUGGCUUUACAUUGAAUUUUUUGCUUAAAUAAAUCGUUAAAACUUUUUCCUAUUAAUUUUAUUUAUGAUGAUAUUGUUUAUUUACUGACAUAUUUUUGGAUUUUCAAAAAUAAAAUAAGUUAGCAGCUGUAUAGUGUA